AUGGUGGUGCAAUAUAUUGUUAUCAGUCAAAAGCGUGUGUUACAAACCUAUGCACAGCCUGCAAUUACAGAACUUCUCAUUGUUCUCUACGCGCAACAGGUUGGUAAAUGGGUGAUGAAUUUGUAUGGAACAAAUAAGAAACAUCCUGGCUAUCUCAUUCCAUUUUGGGUUGAAGGCUCCUGUCACUCCUGUCUUCCAGUUAAUGCGCAGUUUGUAAAUUUAACACAAUAUCCUGGAGAACGAUGUAACGCAAAAUGUAUCAAAGGUCAAACUCGAGUGUGCUAUUUUGAUUGGAUUUUGGAACACUAUCAUGCAUUGGGACCUGCUUGCGGUGAAUGUCAAAUUGGAAACACAACCGACUGUUUUAGGGAGCAAUGUAUUAUAGGCGAUGGCUUUCAAAAAGGAGUCAUGAGCAUCAAUCGACAGAUUCCAGGCCCACCAAUGCAUCUUUGUCAUGGUGACCAAGUCAUCGUUGAUGUCCUAAAUAUGGCACACGGAACGAGUGCUGCAAUUCAUUGGCAUGGUCUGCAUAUGGUCCAGACUCCUUAUAGCGAUGGAGUACCACAUAUUUCACAAUGCCCAAUAACCUUUGAAUCAGCAUUUCGUUAUGUCUUCAAUGCUACAGAACCAGGAACUCAUUUUUAUCAUUCACAUUCAGGACAUCACAAACUUAAUGGCCAAUAUGGAGCUUUAAUAAUUCGACAAGCCGAUGAGGAUAAUCUACACAUCAAUAAAUACAACCAUGAUCUAUCUGAACACUAUAUUCUUAUCUCCGAUUGGAGACAUGAUUAUGCAGAAAAUUCUUUUCCAGGAAUUCCACAAGGAGCAUUUUAUCCAGAUUCACUUUUGAUAAAUGGACGAGGGACUUUUAUAGACAGAGCUACUCGCAAACGUACAAAUCCAGUUCCUCCAACGAUAUACUAUGUCAAAUCAGGAAAAUACAGAUUCAGACUGAUAAAUUCUGUCAGUCUUACAUGUUACGUUACACUACAGAUACAAGGACAUCCAAUGGUUGUGAUAGCAAGUGACUCAUUUAAUGUUGAACCUUUCGAAAUAGACACACUUGUAUCAAAUUCUGGAGAAAGAUACGAUUUCAUAAUCGAUGCAAACAAAGGAAAAGGUGACUAUUGGAUUCGAAUACGUGGAAGUGAACCUUGUCAGGCACAACCAACUGAUACAUUUGCUUUGUUACGCUAUGGUACCAAGGAAACAGAUCCUAACAAUACAACAUUUCCACCACUUCAACCUUAUGACCAAGUCAAUCCAAUUGGAUAUAGUUUAAAUUUUGGAAAUGCAACUUGUUUUAAUAACAAGUCUAUGGACUCGUGUGUUGCUGAUUUGACAGCAUUAGAAAAGGAUAUCGAUCUCGUCACCAAGAAACCUGAUUACAAAUUUACAUUUUCUUUUGAAAAUCACAUUAUCAACCCUAAAGAUGCAUUUAUACCUGGAAGAUAUCGUCGAUUUGAUAAUCCUAGAGCAGACAUUAUGGCAGAUGGAGUAGUAAACAAUAUAAGUUUGAUAUUUCCUCCUCAACCAAUUUAUAGUCAAUAUUCCGAAGUUGAUAAAAAUCUAUUUUGUGAACGAAGCAAUUGUCCAGAGCAAUGUGAUGGCGAAACAACUCGCGAAUGUAUUCAUAUAAUUAAAGUCAAAACCAAUAGCAUUGUCGAAAUGGCUCUUCAUGAUCAGGCAGACGUUGAAUUUUUGCAUCAUCCAUUCCAUUUGCAUGGAUUUCGUUUUGCUUUGAUGGGAAUGACAAAUAAUACGGCAAAUUUAACAAGUGCUAUUCAAUCAUCUGGUAGGUAUAGAAAAAAGCGACCUGUGUGGAAGGAUACUGUUUCAGUACCACAAAAUGGAGUUGCUGUUGCACGAUUUCGUGCUGAUAAUCCAGGCAUUUGGUUAUUGCAUUGUCAUUAUGAACUACAUUUGGCAACUGGAAUGGCAUUUAUUUUCCAAGUUGGUGAACCAAACGAAUGGGUUCAAGUGCCCGAACAUUUUCCACAGUGUCGAAACUAUUUACCUAGAGUCAAAAAAGAUGCUUAUUAAAG